AUGGAAGUGUGGGAAGUAGGACCAAGGACUUUCGUGCUGUUUCCGAAAUUUGUCCAUUCAGAUGGUUUACUCCGUCUAAACCGGUGUGUUGUUUCAGCAAAGUGCUCACAUGGCUCGGCCGUCCUUUUCAUUCGCUCUGCUCAUUCUCGCAACGAAAAAGGCAGAAAUCUAGAUACGGUAUCCAAUAUCAGUGAAGAUGACUGUUUGUUUUCAUGCCUAACAAAUAAGGCCGCUGAUUCGCAUCCUGUACAGUGCGCUUCGGCUGAGUACGACCAAAGCGGAGGGCGCUGCACGUUAAGCUCCGAACCAAGAGCAAACGAGCUCACCGAGCAUCCUUCUGCCGUGUUCUACGAGAAGAUAUGCGUUGCACGUGAGUUUUUUUUAGCGUUUACUUUUGUACCCUGCUCAUUACUUCUAUCU